UUUUUUUUUCUGGUUAUCAAUCUUAAUUUUGGUUUCGCACUUCUCUUUUCGCCAAGAUAUAAGAUCUGUCGGUGGUAAUAUUUGAUUAUUGAUUUUUGUCGCUUGACGCGCCUGCUACGUGGCCAACGUUGGCGCAUCUUUCCCAGAAGUCACCAAGUCUCCCGCAAAUCUUCAUUUCCACUUCACUCGACAUCCCCCCACCAUGUCGCGAACACUCCCAAAACAGUUUAAUCCGCUCAUCACGAUCGAGGUUGCUCCCACCUAUGACGAGCUCCUUGCCCGCCGUCGUCUUGGGCAAACCAACCUCUCCGUCAAGCCUGCCCAGAUUGGCACCUCGAACGCAACCAAGCCCGAGAACCUAGGCGUGUUUGAGUAUGCUCACCUCCGUGCUCCGCUGCCCAAAGACCUCGAGGGCUCUGAGAUCUUCCCUUCCCACAGCCCUCAGCAGCACCCAGAAAGCUACUUCUUGAUGCGCCGUAGUAAAGAUGGCUUUGUUAGCGCGACUGGAAUGUUCAAAAUUGCCUUCCCAUGGGCCAAGGCUGAGGAAGAGCGGACAGAGCGUGAGUAUCUGAAGGCUCGCGAGUACACCAGUGAAGAGGAGGUUGCUGGAAAUGUGUGGAUCUCGCCCACGUUUGGAAUACCAAAUGUACGAUUGGGUGCGAGCACUGUUGGACCCAACAGACAUUGUUCAAAGUUCUUCCAGCGCAAAGAAGCACAUCACCCCCCGCCGAAGUUCGAAAUUCCCUCCGAUGAGCCGCCCGUGUCGCAGCGCAACCGCAGAGGACGGUCCGCUUCUCCGAGCAAGAAGUUGUCUCCUCGGAAGCCCCGCAGCAGCCGCAUCACCAAGGAUGUCACUAGCACCCCGUCCACAACGGCUGCAAACGCUAGCCUCCAGUCGGCAUUGGAUAUCUCAGCUUCAGCCCUCCCGGACUCGAUCCCUGAGUUGCGAGCUGUGGAUGCCGAAACGGAAGUGACGUCAAGCGGGUCUCCUGGAAAGAAGAUCAGAGCGCGCAAGGCAACGAGAUCUGCUACCGCGGAGCUCGAAGACGAGACUACGGAGGCGACCAAGGAGGAGAAGAAAGAAAAGAAGAAGACCGAGAAGAAAGAGAAGAAGAAACAAGAAACUAAGGAACGGGAUGAGACAGCCGAAGUAUCAGUGGCCGACGAUACCACAGAUGCUCCCAAGGCCACCCACACUAUUGUUUCCCUGGACAUGCCUAUUUGUCUCCCAGAGGUGCCCUCUGCUGCGGAGACCGAAGACAUGAUCGCUCAGGCUAAGGUGAUGGUGGAAGAGGCUAUCAAGGCGCAAGCCGAGGGCACUACUGCAGAAUCGACAUCUGUCAAGGCGACCAGCAAGCGCAAGGCCGAGGAUGAUGAGGAUGAAGAAACAUCGGCCGAAUCUUCCCAGCGAGCCAAGAAAGCCAAGGUGCUCGAGAACAAGCUCAAGCAGGAGCGUGUCCGCAACCGCUCUAUCUUCGGUGUCUCCGUGGCAUUUGCCCUUGCGGCUUCCAUCCCAUACUUUUUCUGAACAGAAUGAGGUCUUGCUUGACAAAGUCUAGUCUGUUUGAAAUUUUGGUCUCUUCUUUUCGGCGUGUCUGUCGCUUGCGACAGCCCAGCUACCCAAAUAUUCGCUUCUGAUGCCCAAUUCCCCUUGUCGUUAUCAUAAAUAUAUUCCUCGCCGGCGAUCCUGAAUGCCCUGUGCCUGUUAUUGACACCAUUUUCUAAUAUCUUGCCCUCCCUUUCCCCUCCCUCUCCCUGUGUUUUACACCAGACUUGGUUAUUUGGAUUGCCCCAUAGCUCAUUUUAUGUCCCUUACCCUCGCUCUCCUGCUGAUACCAACUUCCCCCUCUCCCACCUUCUACUGCCCUGUGGCAGCCUUCCAAGUAGUCAAGGACGAUUCGCUCAAUGAUAGUGAAA